CCGCCGCCACGAUGAUGGGGAAGGACUCGCCGUUCGGCAACCUCAUGGCCGAGGCAGUCAAGCUCAAGGGCGCGCAACAAGCGCAGCUGCGGCCCAUCUGGGACGCGUGGCCGACCUACUUUCAGCACUCGAUGUUCAUGUCGGAGCCGAUUCUAACGCUCCGGACACAGCCGUUCGCGGCCCGCAAAGCCGCCGCGCUCGAGAUCAAGCAGAAAGGCAACGGAUACUUCGCCGAGCACCAAUACGAAGAAGCGGUUGCGCAGUACGAAAUGGCGCUCUCGAUCUUCAAGUACUGCGAGAACGCCGACCCGAACUGGAAGAAGAAGGGCAUCCACGACGACGACAUUAGCGUCGUCGUCUACACGCCCGAGUUGACCGCCGACGUCGUCGAGCUCACGUCGCUCCAAGUGUCGCUGUACCUCAACAUUAGCGUGUGCAAAAUGCGCCUCAAGGAAUUUCCCAUCGCGAUCAUCGCCUGCGACGAUGCCAUUGCGCUCGACAGCACGUGCGCCAAGGCCUACUACCGUCGCGCGCAAGCGCUCAUCACGCCCUUGUCCUCGGGCGCGCUCGAGUUUGAAAAGGCGCUCCGCGACCUCGACACCGCGAGCAAGUUGGACCCGACCAACGUCGAAAUCCGGAAGCUGUACCGCCAGCUCCGCGACGAGUCGGCCAAGCAAAAGCAGCUGGACAAGGCAACGUUCCAGGGCAUGUUUGAUCGCGGCGUCGUCGUCGACGCACCCAAUACGCCUCUCGACGACGCCGACGCGCGGCGCAAGAAAAUCGACCAAGAGCUUGCCGACGCCAACGCGGUCGUGCGUAUGUACGAGGCCAAAGGCGAGUUUGAGAGCGCGCGGGAGCUGCAAGCCAAGAUCGACGAGGCCAAGGCGGCGGCGACACGGGGACCCGCACCUGUCGACUUUUACAACCCGACGCCCGACAUGAUUGCCGACGGCAAAGCCAACGGCAUUGACUUGACCGACGUGCGCGUCCAAAAGAUGCUCGCGGACCUCCAGGCCGAGCACGUGGCCAACGGCACGACACCGGCGUCGUCGACGAAGCCCCGACCCCGAGCGGAGCUCUCGCCCUUUGAUGCUGCGCUUCUCGAAGCCGACGAGAUUCUCCCCACGCUCUCGGACGACGAGAUCUCGACGCUCUUGCGCGGUGAAGGCGUUGUCGCCCUCGACCCUUCCGAGCGCCUCGCGACAGCGCGCACCGUGCUAGCGACCAAGCUCUGCCAUGGCCCGUCCCCACGCCCACCCGAGGACCAUACUUCCGGAGGCCAGAGCAGCCAGGCGAUGAAGCCCGUGCUGUAUCUUGUCUUGCUCUGGGUCCUCGGUCGUCUCUACUCGAGCGGUAGUCUCGGCAUGCUCUACAGCGGCAUCGCUGAGCUCGUCAUGCGCCCGUCGUCGUCGCCCUUUGACGAAUUUGACGAAUUUUAAGCCAUGAGCAUGCAUCCAAGAUCGUUAUCGUCGGUGUGUAGUAAGAAGUUGUAUUAUAUCGCA